UUUCUGACACUGGUGGGUGAAGUCGCCUCGCACUCACCAGUUGUUUCUUUCUGCCCGUCAGUGCUCACGUUUUGCCCCAGGCUUGCAACGUCAACCUGCACCACCAUGGCGAUCACCGACUUCCUGGCAGCUUCAGACAUCACUUCUGCCAUUAAUGCUUGUAAAGCAAAGGAUUCCUUUAAGCCAAAGAUGUUUUUCAAAACUGUGGGUUUAUCCAAGAAAACUCCAACAGAGAUCGAGAGGGUCUUUAAGAUUUUGGACCAGGACAAAAGCGGCUUCAUAGAGCAGGACGAGUUGCAACUGUUCCUGCAGAACUUCUCCAAAGGAGCGAGGACCCUGACUGCAGCAGAGACCAGAGCGUUCCUCCUGGAGGGAGACUCAGAUGGUGACGGGAAGAUCGGCUGGGAAGAGUUUUCUGCGCUGGUCAAGUCUGCAUAGGAGCUGCCUGGUCUGUGGCCUGGGGAUGAUGUCAGGGUGGACCACUUUACAUUGUUGUACUAC